AUGGCAUCAUAUCCAGGACCAACCGCCCGCGAUGUCCUUUUCAAAGAGGCCCGCAAAUACCGCAGUCUGAACUCCAUCAUCUCAUGGCUGGACCGCUACAUAGCGUUCCCAUUACCGCCGCGUCCCUCAUUGAUUCUCACAAUCCCAUGCAAAACCAGCAAAGUACCAGGCGAAAUCCAGCUCUACUUCUUCACUGCCCCGGUAGAGUCAACCGACGGGAGAGCAGAUGUUCUAUCCGCAAAACGACCCGUUCUCGUGAAUUUCCACGGCGGCGGGUUUUCCAUCGGCCAUCCCUUGGAUGAUUCGCGAUGGUUCGCAGCCGUGCUGCACGCUCAUCCAGGCGCGGUGGUAGUGAGCGUGGGCUACCGACUUGCCCCCGAGUAUCCUUUCCCCGUCGGAAUCGAAGAUGGAACCGAUGCGAUUCUUUGGCUUUGGGAGAACGCCGUCAAAUAUAACCUCGACCCGGACCGAUUCGCAAUCAGUGGGUUUAGCGCCGGCGGGAAUCUAACAUUCACCGUUCCGCUCAGGUUACAUGAAGAGCUGGAGAAGCGACAAGUUGCGAAAACAGUGCGCUUGGCUGGUAUCGUGGCGUUUUACCCACCGGUCGACUGGACGAAAACGCGCGAUGAGAGAGAUGCUACGAACCCUAUCGCGGCUCAAAAGUCUAUGGUCCCCCAGUCUGCUUUGAAGUUCUUUGAUGCUUCGUACUUGGCUCAGGAGAAUUUGCCUCGGAAGCCUGGUACGGAUGAGAUUGAUACCGCGGAUCCAUAUCUUUCUCCGGGAUUGACUCCCCCGUAUCUUUUACUGGCGGCAUUUCCACCGAUGGUUGCAAUCUACACAUGCGGCUGGGAUCAGUUGCUCGUGGAAGGGAACAAAUUUCGAGAGAGGCUGCAGAGGUUCGUCGAUGAAGGGGCGAUGACUCAUGUCGGGGGAAUGGAGAUUGAAGGGGUGAUUCAUGGGUUUGAUAAGAGACCUUGUUUCUUCACAGGAAAUCCGAAGAGGGAUCUGAUGUAUGGGGAUGCUUUGAAGCAAUUGGAAGUCAUGUGGGAGGUUAAGGAUCUAUCUCAGGGAUCUAGUUUGUCAGAACAUUCUAGUCAUUCAUAG